AUGUUUCCUUCUUUAAAAAACAUAAAUCCCCCGCUCCCCUCACAGCCAGCCAAUUUUUCUCCUUCCCUCUCCGCGCGCAGCUCGCAAGCCACCACAUCUCAAACAGCCCAGAUCGGGGAACCACUAACGUUAGCGUCGUCAAUCGCACAUUCACACAACGUCGCCGGAAUAAAAACCAUGGGCAAUCCCAACUUUUCCAUCAAGCCCAGUCAGGAGGGCGACAUGCCGCGCUGCGCCGAAAUCAUGAGCACGGCCUUUUCGUCGGAAGGCAUCGGCCCUCUCAUCUUUGGCCCGCACGACGCCGCGUCCUGGGCUAAGACGGCCGCCGUGCACUGGCGCGCGCACACCGAGCAUGUCAGCGCCUUCCCCUCGUGCCCGUUUGCCAUCAAGUGCGUGCACACCGACCCGGACUCGGGCGAGGAGACCAUUGUCGCGACGGCCGAGUGGGCGAUUUACGACCGGGAGCGCACGGCGGAGGAAUGGGUCGUGGACCCGUACACGAACCGCUGCGAGUACGUGGAGCCAGAGGCCGACCGGGAGCAGGCGAUGGCGAUCCUGGGACCCGUGGUGGCGACGCGGCAGAACUUUGUCAAGGGCCGCAGGUACGGGCUGCUGACGUUCAUGGCGGUCGACCCGGCGUGGCGGCGGCAGGGCGCGGCGACGGCGUGCGUGCGCUGGGGCAUGGAGCGGUGCAGAGAGCUGGGCAUCCCGGCGUACCUGGAGGCGACGGAGGCGGGCAUGAAGACGUACGCGAGCAUGGGCUGGGAGAGGGUCGAGCUGGGGAGCGCGGCGUAUCCCCCGAUGAUGUGGUGGCCGGAGGGCGUGGAACGGUGGACGGAGUAA